CAGCUUAAAAUACCAACACAGGUACAAGUUAUUUUAUGAUAUCAGAAAUAUCCUGACAAAAAUCACUUAAAGAACUUAAAUUUGUGAAAAGUGUAUUUUAAAAGAAAAAUCACAAAGAAAGAUCAGCUCAGAACAAAUGCAAACUAGGCUGUAAAUAAAUUUAGAAAACACAUUUACAAAAUAAGUAGGAAAGAAAGAAAAUGUGUCUAAGUCUUGUUCAGACAGAUGGGAGGUCUGAGGACCUGUCAGAAACCACGUGGCCCUCAUCUGAUCUGGCAGCUCGUCCUUGUUUGUCCUCAGCUGCCUCAGAGCGCCACUUCUCCCCAGGCUCACCAGAAGAAACAUCGCCACACAAAAUGCUUUUCCUCCCAGCUGCUGCUCUGUGCUGCCUGUGUUCAGCGCUGGUCGCCAUGGCAGCAGAGCUGGUUCAGGACCAGUUAUCAGUGACCAGGAGAGAAAAUGAAAAAGUCAAGAAACGAAUUGACCAGUGUGAUGACGACUGGAUAUACUGGUACCAGAAGAAAGACACAGAAACAUUCAGAGUGAUUCUGUACAUUAGUAGUGGUGGAACUAUAUAUAAAGGUUACAAUCAUCCUCAGAAAGAUGAUUUCACACCUAUAAGAACACAGAACAGCUGUGAGCUGCACAUAGAGAAAGUUAAGUUCUCUCAUGCAGCCACCUACUACUGCGCCUGUGAAGUCUGGCUCCCACAGAGAGACAUGAUCCCUGCAGCCUACAUGAAACCGGUUCAUAACUUAGCUGGUUCACCUCAGAGGACGAUGGAUUUUGCAUCACGCUCUGGCACUGUGGGAGGACAUGAGUACCUCAUCUUUGGCUCUGGAACUAAACUGUUUGUAACAGGUGAGCAGGUGGUGAAGCCCAUGGUGAGCGUGUACCCAGCAGCAUCUGGAGCCCAGCUGGAGGGGAACAGCUCCCUGCUGUGUGUGGCCUCAGCCAUGUUUCCUCCUCUGGUCCAGUUCUCCUGGAAAAGGCAGAAGGAGAACGGUGCUCGGGAGGAGCUGCCGUCUGCUGAGGGAGAGCAGCUGGAGCUCAGAGAGUCGGGACGCGCCGCCACCAUCUUGCUGGUUAAUCGGGACGCUCUCCACACAUAUAAACGGGCUCCCCUGGAGCCUGUCCCGGCUCAGUUCCAGGUGAAGCAGCUCUGUCUGCUGUACACGGUGCUGACAGUGAAGAGUCUGGUGUAUUGCUGUGGACUGGUUCUGCUGAUGAGCUUCAGAAACAAGGGACCGACCAGCAGCUGUGCACAUGCUGACUGA